AUGAAAACUUCAAAAGAACAAAAAGAAUAUCAAGAUCGAGUUGAUGGCCUUUACCAAAAAAGAAAUCCGCGAAAGCACGAAUUAUUAAAUUUAGGAGAUGACUGGAAAGAAAAAACCGAAGAUUUUGUCAGUCGAAAUAUCAAUGAUACUAGAGCAAUAGCCACUUAUUUAACUAAAUAUAUUCAAAAAGAGUUGAACAAGAACAAAAAAUUUGAGAAAACAGAAGUUCAGGUAAUUAGAGGUUCGAUAACUUCUUAUUUUCGAAAGCAAAUUUUCGACAAAUCCUCAGUUUUUCACUACAAAAAACAACUAAGAAGUUUGACUCACUAUCACCAUGCUGUUGAUGCCAUAGUUUUAGCCCAUUUCAAAUCUCAUGGGCAUAUCCGAUUGUUACAAGACUUAACUAAGAUUAAUUGA